UCCAUUUCUUUCUAUAUAAGCAUCAGGGACCCCCCCAUUAAUUGUUGUGUUACUACUACACCCUUCACCCGGCCAUCUCCUCCUUAAUUCGCCUUCCUCUCUCUCUCCCUCUGCAACUCCAACCAUGCAAGCCUCUCCCCAUUUCUUCGCCACACCAACCUCAUAUAAACUUCAAACUCAGCCCACAAGAAAUUCUCCUCAUCACCCACAGCUAUGUACACCCAAAAUCCUUACCGUCAACCCGUCAAAGGGGACUCUCCACCGGAAGAUUAUUCUGCGGCCGGAGCAGAAGCCUUUGAUCGGCCCGCCUCAGCCCGCUCCGGCGCCACCUCAAACCGGCCACCCGCCGAAGCUGAACCCGAUUCAGAAACUAGCGGCCUCCGCGCUAGACAUGGUUGAGAGGGCAGUGAUCAUGAAGCUAGAUAAUAAGCACGGGCUGAGCCCGACAGUAGACCCGGCGGUUCAGCUGGAGGGGAAUUUCGCCCCGGUCAGGGAGUUUCCGGUUCAGCAGGGGCUCGAGGUGGUUGGCCAAAUUCCGGCAGCUCUCCGUGGGGUGUACCUGAGGAAUGGGGCCAACCCCAUGUUCCGACCAAUCAACGGCCACCACUUGUUCGACGGGGACGGGAUGGUCCAUGCCGUUACGCUGGGGAACGGGAACCGAGCCAGCUACUCUUGCCGCUUCACUCGCACCAGCCGGCUCGAACAGGAAACCGCAUUGGGGAGGCCCAUCUUUCCCAAGCCGAUCGGCGAGCUGCAUGGCCAUUUGGGGUUGGCUCGGCUGGCUGUGUUCUCCGCACGAGCUGGCAUCGGCCUGGUGGACCCAUCUCGAGGCACUGGUGUCGCCAACGCCGGAUUAGUCUAUUUCAACGGCCGGCUCUUGGCCAUGUCAGAGGACGAUCUUCCGUACCACGUCCGCAUCACGAAAGAUGGUGAUCUACAAACGAUCAGGCGGUUCGAUUUCAACGGGCAGCUCGAAGGGUCCAUGAUCGCUCAUCCAAAAGUGGACCCCAUCACAGGUGAUUUCUACGGCCUGAGCUACGAUGUCCUGAAAAAACCUUAUCUUAGGUACUUCAAAUUCGACACGUGCGGGAGGAAGUCACGUGACGUGACCAUCUCUCUCCCGCAACCAACCAUGAUCCAUGACUUCGCAAUCACGGAAGCUCACGUGAUCAUCCCGGAUCACCAAGUCGUGUUCAAGCUAUCCGAGAUGACCCGGGGCAAGUCACCCGUCAUCCACGACGCCAACAAGAUAUCUAGGUUCGCGAUCCUACCCAAAGACGCCGCCGACGAUUCGAAGAUCCGGUGGAUCGAUGUUCCAGAUUGCUUUUGCUUCCAUCUCUGGAAUGCAUGGGAGGAAACUAGCGAAGCAGGCGACCCGGUCAUCGUGGUAAUCGGGUCAUGCAUGAGCCCGCCUGAUUCGAUCUUCAAUCAACGGCCCGACCCCCUCCAAAGCGAGCUAUCUGAGAUCCGACUGAAUCUGAAAACGGGCGGGUCCACCAGGAGGGUCAUUGUGGCCGGCCUCAACCUGGAAGCCGGACAGGUGAGCAAGCGGUGGCUUGGCCGGAAAACCCGGUACGUGUACUUGGCGAUAGCGGAGCCUUGGCCGCGGUGCUCUGGCAUCGCCAAGGUGGACAUGGUGACGGGAGAAGUGAACAAAUUUAUUUACGGCGAUCAAAGGUAUGGCGGCGAGCCAUGUUUUGUGGGCUGCGGCGGGGAAGAAGAAGAAGAAGACGGCGGAUAUGUGAUGGGCUUUGUGAGAGAUGAGAGGAAGGAGAGGUCGGAAUUGGUGAUAGUUAAGGCUUGGGACAUGGAGCAAGUGGCUUCGGUAAGGUUACCGUCUAGGGUACCCUAUGGUUUUCAUGGCACAUUCGUUAGUUCUCAGGACUUGAGCCAACAGCGUCUAUGUUGAUAAAUUUAACAUCCAUGAUCAUCAUCUUCUACUUGUAAUUACUGUAUGUAGAUGUGAAUACCUUUUAGUUUCUACUAAUACAACCUAUCAUUAUCAAUCAAUUCUCUUUCUUCUGUUGAGAAUUAAUUAUACAUUAAGCUGAGUAAGAGUGUAUCCAGGCUAGCUACAUGCAGUGAGUGACACGUAGGCUGGUCGGGCAGACAAGAAAACAAAACCAGAAG